UGUGUUUGGAGAAUUUUUUUUAUUAGUUGCUUCUCUCAGCGAUCAUGUCUGAAACCGCGCCUGCUGUUGCUGUUACGGCCGCGGCUCCAGCCGUAACUUCGAAAGCUCCGGCGAAGAAGGCGAAGAAAGCGGGAGCGGCGAAAGCACGCAAGGCGUCGGGUCCCAGCGUCACCGAGCUGAUCACUAAGGCGGUGGCCGCUUCCAAGGAGCGCAAAGGGGUGUCUCUGGCUGCCCUGAAGAAAGCUUUGGCCGCUGGGGGCUACGAUGUCGAGAAGAACAACAGCCGCAUCAAACUGGCCCUGAAAAGCCUGGUAAGCAAAGGCACCCUGGUGCACACGAAGGGAAUCGGUGCUUCCGGCUCCUUCAAGCUCGGCAAGAAAUCGGGCGAAGGGAAAGAGAAAGCGCCCAAAAAGAAGGCAGCUAAGCCUAAGAAGCCGGUUGCGAAGAAGCCCGCGAGUGCCGUCAAGAAGCCCAAAAAGGCAGCGGCGGCCAAGAAGAGUCCGAAGAAACCCAAAAAGCCCGCGGCGGCUAAGAAGGCCACCAAGAGCCCCAAAAAGGCUAAACCGGUCAAGCCUAAGAAAGUCGCCAAAAGCCCGGCUAAAGCGAAGGCUGUGAAGCCGAAGACUGCCAAGCCCAAGGCCAAGCCUAAAGCGACCAAAGCGAAGAAAGCUGCGCCCAAGAAGAAGUAAAUCCGGAGUUGGUCCGUGGUUGCUUUUCUAAAAACCCAAAGGCUCUUUUAAGAGCCACCCACAGAAUCUAAAAGAGAGCUGUCGUCCGCUCAGUAAAAAACUGUUCGGAUGCUUUUAAUACCCUGAAACAAAGUAACAAUGCAGUGUAGCUUGCGUGGAAUGAAUCCUGAACACUAGGGCAUCAUUCUUUAGCUUUCAGGGGUGUUAUUGAGCUUCGGGGCAAGUAUACUUAAGAUCAGAGCUCUAUAUACACAAGUAGACAGACGAAUCAUUCUGAAAAGCAUGGGGAGGGAGCGGGGAUGAUACGUCUGCAUUUGGUUAGGAAGAAGUGGGCAAUAAAUGCCACCCGAGUGGGUAUU